AUGGCGGAGGACUCAGGAAUGCUAGACAAUGGCGCCAUGGUCUGGGUGCCCCACGACGAGCAGGUGUGGAAGAAAGCUGUGGUCGUGCGUCGCCUGGACGAUGGCGUCUCGGCCGAGGUGCGUCUGCAGCCCAGCGACGACGGCGAAUGGGAUAAGGACGACGGCCUCGAGCAAGUCGUCAACAUCCGCGACAUCGCGCGAAUGGCUGGCGAAGUCUCGGACGAAGCCAUGCCCAUCUGCAACGUGUUCGAGGCCGACGGAGCCGACGACAUGUGCACACUGAACCAUCUCCACGAACCGGCCGUGCUCAAGAACUUGGAGCUCCGUUUCGCUAAGAAAAUGCCUUACACAUACACUGGCGCUAUCUGUAUCGCCGUGAACCCGUACCAAUGGCUGGAUCUGUACGGCAAGGAAUUGUACCUGCAGUAUCUGGAGCAGCCUCGUGACUCGCUGUCUCCUCACCCGUUCGCCCUGUCCGCCACGGCGUAUAUGGACAUGAAGAGGACGCAAGUGGACCAGAGUAUUCUGGUGAGUGGCGAGUCUGGCGCUGGUAAGACGGAGACGGUCAAGAUUAUGAUGAACCACUUGGCCUCCAUCUCUGGCGGCGGCAACCACGGUACGAAGGUCAUCGACCAAGUACUCAAGUCAAACCCCCUUCUUGAGUCAUUCGGUAACGCCAAGACCAAGAGAAAUGACAAUUCCAGUAGAUUUGGUAAAUUCGCCCAGCUUCAAUUCGACAACAUGGGUUCACUCGUGGGCUGUCUGUGUGAAACCUACUUGUUGGAGAAAAGUCGCGUGGUGGGCCAGACAGAGGGCGAGCGCAACUACCACGUGUUCCACCAGAUCUUCUGUCUGCCCGAAGACCGCAAGAAGGAGCUCAAGCUCACGGGAGAUGUCACCAACUACAAGUACGUGGCGGAAGGCGCAGACACCGAACUCACCGGCAUCGACGACGUCCAAUGUCUCAAGGAGACGCAGGACGCUCUGGACACGAUCGGCAUCUCCAAGGACGAACAGAACGCCAUCUUUGAGAUCGUCGCGGCCAUUCUGAACCUCGGAGAGGUCGAGUUCGAGCAGAACGGCAGCGACAACGAGAAGAGCCACGUCAAGAACGACGACAUUGCGGACAACGUCGCUGCCUUGCUGGGUACGGAGAGCGCUGCACUGCACUCGACGCUGCUGGUGCGCUCCAUUACCGCUGGCUCCGAGUCGUACUCCAUCCCUUUGAACGCCGAGCAGGCCUCAGACCUGCGUGAUGCGCUGGCGAAGGGCAUGUACACGCAGCUGUUCGACUGGCUGGUGCACCGUAUCAACAAGGCGAUCUGCUCCACCGACAACGUCAAGACCCACAUUGGACUGCUGGAUAUCUUUGGCUUCGAGAGCUUCGACCAGAAUGGCUUCGAGCAGCUGUGCAUUAACUACGCCAACGAGAAGCUGCAGCAGAAGUUCAACAGCGACGUGUUCAAGGACGUGCAGCAAGAGUACGUGGAUGAAGGGAUCCCCCUCACACUCGUGACUUUUGAGGACAAUCAGCCCAUUUUGGACCUCAUUGAGGGCCGGAUGGGCAUCGUGAGUAUGCUAAAUGAGGAAGUGCUGCGGCCUCAAGCCACGGACAACACGUUCGUGAGUAAAGUACUGGAUGCCUGCAGUAGCCACCCGAGUAUCGAGAAGAACAGGAUCAACCCGCUCGAGUUCACGAUCCACCACUACGCUGGCGACGUGACGUACAACGGUACUGGGUUCCUGGAGAAGAACAAGGAUACGCUACCCACAGACAUGGUGCAGUUGCUGUCGAGUAGCUCGAACGGAGUCAUCUCGGGCAUCUUUACGCCCACGCAGAAGAGCAAACGCAACAGUCGAGGCAAGAACGGCAAAGAGGGCCGUCAGAAAGGCUUCCUGGUGGGGAACACCAUCGCCGGAGCCUUCCGUAAACAGCUGUCUGAGCUCAUGGAGACCAUCAACAAGACGUCGUCCCAGUACGUGCGCUGUAUCAAGCCGAAUGCCAACAAGAGCGCGGUGGAGUUCAACCGAGUGAUGAUCGUGGAGCAGCUUCGCUGUGCCGGAGUGAUUGCUGCUAUUCGCAUUAGUCGAGCGGCGUUCCCGAACCGCCUGCCACUCGUUGAGUUCCAGCAGCGAUUCCAGAUCAUCUGCCCGUCCGCUCUACGCGAGGCUGAGCCCUCUGAGAUGGUUGCUGGUCUGCUGAAGGAGCUGAUCCCAGACAUGGCUACAACGAUGCAGAACUCCAAGUUUGCGGUGGGUAAGACCAAGGUUUACUUCAGUUCGGGUCUGUUGCAGCGACUCGAGGACCGUCGGAACGUGAUCCUCAAAGACCACGCCAUUCUCAUCCAGAAGACCUUGCACGGCUAUGUGCAUCGUAAGCGCUUCCUUCGUCAACGUGCUGCGGUGGUCAAGAUGCAGACGGUCAUUAGAGGUGGACUACAGGCCAUGCGCUACCGGACUCUGCGUGGUGGCGUUAUUAAGCUGCAGGCUCGAGAGCGUGGACGUAAGCAGCGCUACCUGUUCGCUCUGCUGCUUGCGCGUGUGAGGAAGGAACGGCAAUUGGAACACGAACGACUCCGUAAGAUUGCGCAAGAAGAAGAAGCGGAGCGUAUUCGUCAAAAGUCGAUGCAGGAGGAACGUGAACACAGCGAUCCGCAGCCGGAGCCUGUGGAAGAUGACUGGAGUGACGAGAGCGACAAAGAAGAGGAGCUUGAGGACAACCCGACUGGUCCCGUGUCUCCACGUACGCUACGCGCUCUUACCGAAGCGGCGUCGAAGGUGGCGGAGGCCGAGUCUGCCGCUCGUGACGCGAAACACGCUGCUGAGUCUGCGUUGGAGCUGAACCGGGAGCUGGUGGCGCAGAACGACCGUCUACGCUCGACGCUGUCGUCCAACGUGGCGGAAUACGCCGACGCUGAGCUUCUGCGUGAGAACGAGCGUCUCAAGCAGCAGGUGCUGCAGCUCCAGACGAAGCUCGUGCGCUCCCAGGAAGUGUCGCUCAUUUCUGCCAAGGUGGUGGACAGUCGCAUCACGUACCGUGAAGGCCGUCAGUUUGUCGAGUACAAGCUGCAGAUCGAGACCAACACGCGCGGAACUCUGUACGUGUGGCACCGCUACAGCACGUUCCGCAACUUGGCUGCUACGCUGCAGACCAAGAACGGAUACAAGCGCAAGGAGAUCCCGGAGCUGCCGAACAAGCAGCUUUUUGGCAACUUCUCGGAGAAGAUCAUCCAGGACCGCGUGGCGAAGCUGAAUCAGUUUUUGGAGGCCGCGACCAAUGCCGAGUAUCUCCAGUGGGGCAUUCGUGUGGACCAGGACACGUGCGUGUACAAGCGUCGGGUGAAGAACGCGCGGGAGAGCAUCUCGACUGCCAGCACGCACUCGUCGUCCCCGCGUUCGUCCUCUCGAUUGUCGAUGAAGUCGUUCAGCUUCCGUCGCGGCAGUACAGCUGGCAACUAAAAAGGUGGACUGUGUAUCGAUUGGACUAUCAAGAGCGCGUCUAUUCGCUCCGAGGUUGGCGAGGUUUCUGGCCGAUGGACGACCCGAGUAGCGAGUCAAAGGAACGGAAUGCGACUGCGAUCGCGUAUGAUACUUGCUGCGUGGCAGUGAGAGACAAUUCAGAGGGCUGAUAAAGCUAC